CUGUUUCUGCUGCUUGGAAACUAACCUUAAAAAAAUAUCAAUGUUUUGGUUUUGGGGUUUUGGUAAAAUCAUCAAAAAGUCAUUUAGCAAUGAUUUUUAUUGUCAUUGAUAAAAAUGACAUUUUUCGAUUUCUAGUUUUUUAGAUACAAAGCAUACAAAGUAAAAAAAGAAUGUUAUGUACAUCAAAAAAUUACAGGAUUCAAAUAAUUAUUGAUAUAAAGUACGAAUUCGUAUAAAGUAUCAAUAAUUAGCAUAAUUGGUAUUUUUAAGAUGAAUUUUGGUUGAAAUAGACUACAGCUGUAAAUAAUAUAAGACAACCGCCAAAAUGUUGGGAUUUAAGAAAUUUAUUAUCUAUGGAACUAUUUGUUUGGCCUGUUCCUUUUUAUUUAUUUUGUACAUUUUGGGUACAGUUUAUUAUGUCACUACACAUGAGGAAAACACCUGUGAAAUGACGUACAUGUUCGAAUAUCCUCAAUAUGUGAGGAUAACGCUUCAUGCUGAAUUAGAAAAAGUUUUUCCCAGAUUUGGUUUAUAUGCGUAUGGUGAAGGUUUUGUGACAGAAAAAAUUCGUCGAACGAAAUUCACAGGAAUUCCUGUUCUUUUUAUACCUGGAAAUGCAGGUUCUUCUGAACAAGUACGCUCUCUGGCUUCGGUGAGUUUAAGAAAAGGUUUGGAGGACAGAACACCAUUUCAUUUUGAUUAUUUUGCGGUACACCUUGGCAAAGAUUAUUCUGGUUUAUACGGCGGUGUUUUAAUGGAAGAAACAGAAUAUGUAUCACACUGCAUAGAGAGAGUUUUAAGUCUAUACAAAGGCAGAGUAAAGAGUGUUGUUCUAAUUGGACAUUCAAUGGGAGGAAUUGUUGCAAAAGGUGCUCUGCUUAUGUCACCAAAGAUUAAUGCUAGUUUCGCGAGUAUUUUAAUAACAUUAGCAACACCGCACAGGCCGACAAUUGUUUUUGACAGAACUUUCGCCAAUUACUAUCAAAAUUUAGAGGCAUCGAUGAAUCAAUUAAAAUUGGCAGGUGUCACAUCAAUUUCCAUUGGUGGCGGACCUAGAGAUCAUUUAGUCACUGCUGGACAAACAAUCGACAAUUCAGCGCAUAUGAAUCUUCUUUCAAAUAGUAUUCCCGAUGUUUGGAGGAGUACCGAUCAUUUGUGUAUUCUCUGGUGUAAGCAAUUGGUCUUAUCGAUAGUUCGCUCUCUUUUCGAUUGCGUUGACAAUAACGCUCGACCUCCAAUGAUAGCGUCCGAUCCUGAACAUAGAAUGCGAGCUCUGUCGUAUCAUUUCCAAAAGCGGUUUGCAGGAAAACGUAUCAGACCAUUUCAGGAAAAAUUCAAUUUCGAAUCUGGCGGUCUAUGGAUAGAGGACAUUCGUAAACAGUACGUGUGGUCCGGAAGUAAUUACACAGACGAUGAAACAUCAAAAUCGGUUAUUUACCUAAUGAUUAGAUUUAGCGAUUUUGCCAAUCAAAUGACAAUUCAAACACUUAAUUUAGAAAGCAAGGAUUGGCUGUACGUUUGUUUGGCGUCCACAAUCGAGGGACAGUCAAGAAUUUGUGAAUGGGGAUGGAACUUGUCGAACAGAUCAACAAUAUUACCAGAUAUAUUGUACCGUCGACGAAGGAGUGUCGACUUGAGUGUUGAAGAUCUCAAAUUUUAUAAAUAUUCCCACGUUGUGGUGCGAAUUCCUCCGAGCAAGGAGAGAAAAUACGUGAACAUUCAAAUUGACACUUUUUCACAUUCAUCCCGUGUUUUGAAUUUCAAUGAGAAAACUUCACUGUUGAAACGAAUUUUCAUUCCAAAGAAGCCCAUGACAAUAAAUUCAUCGCCAGGAGACGUACGAUUUUACGUGAAACUUCUGGAUAUAACAAAUGCGAUUAAUGUUGAACUCAACGUUUUGCAAUGUGUUAAUUUGAAGAAAUCGAUAUCAGGAAUUGUUGAAUUAAUCGAAACUUGGAAUCCUGGAGCAACGCAAUUUUUCUUCUUAACUGGAAGUAAUAGUGAAUCGAGAACGUUGCAAAUUCAAACGAAACCGAAGGAAGAAGAUUGUGUAGCAGAAUUAAGACUGACUUUGGAUUCAUCAUGUUCAUACAGUAUUAUUAUUCAACAAGCUUCGAUUGUUGAAAAAAUCUCUAUUUUAGUUCGAGAUCGAUGGACGACUCUCUAUCCGAUAUCAAUUAGUCUUUUAUUACUGACAAUUGCUGUGCAAUUUGAUAAUAAUCGAGAUUCACUGCUGACGGCAGGAAUAACUUUCAUUCUUUGCGUUGGAUUAGGAAUCAUUUUCGAGUGCUGUGUGGCUUUUAUUAUUUUACACUUAUUAGCCAUUUGCGUGUGUUGUUCGGUUGUUUUCCUCGGCUCGGUUGCUCACAAAAUUGCCGUCAAAUUUUUGGCACGUGCGAUAGCUUUUUCAAUAACAUGGUCCGAUUGGUUGCUUGGUGGUUUAAAUCAAUUGCCAAUUGUGACGACAAUAAUUAUCCUCUCAAUAGUACCGGCGACAUGUGGAGCUUUAGCGAUGAUGAUUUCGAUUUUCUUACAAUUUUUAAAAUUGACUCGAAUGUACGAGGAUUAUUUGGAAGAAUUAUUCUUAGCGUCGAUGCGACAUUUUAAUUUAAUUAGAAGACGUGAUACAGAGAAAAAUGACAAUGAGAAUACACGACAAAAAAUAUUCAAUCAACUUUUACUUUUUAUGGUUUGGAAUUUUACAGCUAUAUCCGCUGUUCCAUCUGUUCUUGUUUGGGCGAAAAAUUUCAGUUAUAGUUCAAGAUUAACAACGGAAGAUCCAGUUUUACUUUACAGUUGGAUUUUAUUAGUGAUUUGUGGAACUUUGGGAUUAGUGGAAGUUCCUUGUAAGAGGAAUACUGUAAUAAUAAGACUAAUAUCAUUUUUAUUGCGCUAUAUAGCGUGGUUGAUAAUUUGUCUCACUGGGGUUCCGACUUCAUUUUUCUAUCAAUGGUGGUUGACACCAUCCGUGACUGUUUUUAUGAUAUUAAUAUCAAUUUGUUCAAUAUUUUAAUAAGACUGUGUUAGUAAGUCAUUAUUUCUCGAAAUUCUAAAAUGCUCAAUUCAAGAUUUCUCAAAACUAUGAUAUUUUAUACAGGCAUGUAAUUUUAAAAGUAUUUAUAAAGAAAAAAAAUGUUAUUAAAUUCGAUCGAAUUAGAUCGUCAUUAACUAAUUAAUAGAUGAAAUUACAACUAAACAUUUAUAUUAAAUGUUAUAUUGUUAUAUAGUUAAUAAACACUAAA